GAGAAAGCAAAAAUUCUGAUUCAAAGACACAUUCUCUGAAUUUUCAUUUCUGUUACAAAACCAGUGGUCGGAAAUCGAAUGGAUCAGAGAAAAGGUGAUCCAAGAAUAUACAUUAUCACUGUUCUCUUCCUUUCAUGUAUCCUCAUAGGAGGAGUCCUUUUAGGACUUUACCUGGUCCGUUCUGAUCCGAACCCUCUGUUUCUACAAGCGGGUAUGGUCUUUGUUGGUGUCCCUUGGCUCUUUUGGUUCUUGGCUUACGUUUACUCCUGCGUCCUCAAACCUUGCGUCAUCUUUGUUAGCCAGAGCACCAUCUUUAAUAGCAAGAGCGUUACCAGUUUCGAUCCGGAGAAAGGCGAUCCUAACAAGGCUCCGGAAACCGUCACGACAACUUCGGAUCCGGCGCCGAGGAAUUCACCGAGGGAAGGUGAGAAGCACGUGCAAUUCGGGAAUGUGGUGGUUCUUGGGGAUGAAGAAGGUGGAAAAGAGGAAGAUCACAACGAGAGUAGUUCUAAUAAUCUGAUUCAGGAUCAUAUGCGAAUCGAAGAAGAAGAAGAUCAAGAAAAUGGUAGAUCGAAUUCAAAGAGCGAUGAUGAUGAGAGUAGUGUCGAUGAGGACUGCGAUAGGACUCCAUUAAGAGUAUCGAACGGAAACAAAUGAUCUGAGACUGGAUGAUCGAUAUCUAUCGCUGGGAUCAAGACCUGAUCUUUUUUUCUUUCAGGUUGUGCAAACAAGAUUGAACAGAGAGAUAGAGGCUUUGAGAAAGAUACCUCUCUCGUUGACGUGUGAGUCAAGGAAUGUUGUUCUUUAAGUAAGAACUAAUUACCAUGUAAAAGACCCAUAGAAG